AACACAGGGAGGCCCCAGCAGCGCCGGGAGAUGGAGAUGGAGCCCACCAGACCCCCACCACUGCCGAGAAAAUAUCAGAGAGCUAGCGGUGAGAGGAGCGGAAGCCCCUGGGGGGUGGAGGGGGGGCAAGCACUGACUCCCAGCUCUGUGCAGGGCCGUGGCACAGGCGGGGGGCCAAAUGCGCGCCCGCUGUGCCAGCCUGGACCUGGGGGGCCGAGCACACACCCGCUGUGCCAGCCUGGACCUGGGAGGCCCCGCACCGCCCACCACCAUGCCGGACACCCCAGGGGAACACCUGCCUCAGACCCCCGCCUCAGCCCUCAUCUACAGCAACGUGGGAGAGCUGCGCGCCCACCUCGUCCCCACCAAGGCCAGCCGAGGGGAUGGAGCCAGGAGAGUCCCCCCCCCAGCCCAGCCAUGACCCGCUGCCUCCCCCGUUGCCGAAAAAGCAGCUGCAGCGAGCAGAGUCCCUCCCGGAGCAGGGCCCAUCGCGGCCCCGCCACGGCGAUGCCACGCCAUGGCUUGGCAGCACCCUGCUGCCACACAAGGAGGGGGGUCCCAGCUCCGCCCCCCCCCCGGGCACCCAAGAAGCCCCUGGCCAAGUCCCAGAGCCUGGGGGAGGCCUGGAGCAUCCCGGGGGAAGCCCUGAUACCCAGCCCAGAGGAGCUGACCUUUGGGACGGGGGACGCAGAGCUGGGCCGGCUGCUGCGGGGCCUGGAGGGACGGGACGGGCUGUGUGCAGCCCUGGUGGGUUGCCAGGUGGCCAGCUUGGCCCGGCUGGUGGCCCAAGCCCAGGAGGGGCUGGUGGGACCCCCGGAGCGGCUGGGGGCAGAGCUGGCAGGGAAGGGCUGGGCAGCGCUCAGCAUCCUGGAGCGGGAGCCGUGCUGCCAGAGCGGCGACGCCUGGUAUUUCCGCGUGGGAUUUGCUUUUAGGCAAGCCCAGCUGGUGCUUGCAGCCAAGGUCCUCAAGCCGGGCUGCUGCAGCCUGGGCGUGGAGAGCUUCCUCGGGGCACACUGCAGCAUCCAGCGCCUGAUCGGACAUUUCACCGACCACGUCCCUGGGGAGCUGCUGCUCCCGGGCCACCCCAGUAAGCAGGGGCUGUCCCCUUCUGGACAGGAGCCAGCCCCUCCUGCCACCCCCCGAGUCUUGCAGGUCCUCCUAUCGCCAGAUGUGCCCUACCAGACCCUGGCGGGGUUUGUGGAGGGCUCCUGGGCACUGCACAGGAGCAGCCCCGGGCACUAUGAGCGCCUGGCGUGCCUCCUCCUCUUGCAGGUGUGCAUGGGGCUGGAGCACCUCAGGGCACAGAAUCUGGGGCAGGGUGACAUCUGCCCCGAGAACCUGCUGCUGGUGCAGUGCCCAUGUCCCCCUGGGAGCCAGCAGGACAAGGAGGCAUCCAUGGGGCUGUCCCUUCCAAGGUUGCUCAUCAGCAACUUGUUCAAGCUUAAAGACAAGAGAAGACCUUGUUCCACCAGCCAAGAGCAGGACUGGACAGAGGGGUCUGCUGCUCCCCUCACCCCAAUGGCAGAUGAGCUGAAUAUAGGCAUGCUGAUCUAUAAGAUCUUGCACGUGGACAUCUCUUUGGAAAAUGCCUUGGACCUGAGAAGCAAUCAGCUUCCCGAAAUCCCCUCCCUGUCCAUCUACUCCACGGGACUCAAGCGUUUGGCCUUGCUGCUUCUCCACCGAGAUCCCUUCAAAAGGGUCUCCAUCGAGCAGGCCAGGGGCGUCCUGCAGGUCCUGCUCUGGGGGCCUCGCCAGGAGCUCUUCGCCAAGAGCAAGAAGACGCUGGUGCUGCUCCAGAGCUGGGUGGAGAUGAAGAGGGCACUGCUGCUGCUGAAGUUUGCUGAGAAGGGGGCUGGGGCAGGGGGGAGCCCCGGCCUGGAGGAGUGGCUGUGCUGCCAGUACUUCGCAGAGGUCACGGAGCACAUGCUCUACCAGGUCACCCAGGUUCUCUACAUGCCCUAAAGACAAGCCUGCCCAAAAGCCUCCCCAAAGACGGGAACCCAUAGAGGUCUGGACAAAUCCACCAGCUUUCAGCUCCCAACCAAGGCUGAUCCUGGCUGCGAAAACUCUUUCCAAAUCUGAAACUGAUCCUUCACACUGCAUGAACAAUGGUCCUAAGUAAGCAGGGACCAAACUCCCACCAUGGUACCUUGGCUCCCAGGAUGCACGAUGUGCUUUUACACCUUUCACUGAUUUUUGUUCAAUGGUUUGAGUCCAGGUUGUUGGAGCAUCUCGGAAAGACAGCUGGAUGGAAGCCGCAGGAUGAAGCACCAGUUCAGCGGCUGAUUAUCCUGAGUAAGGUUAAUGGAGCUUAGACUUUUCACACACACACACGCCAAAAAAAAAAUAAAAAAUAAAAAAGAACCUCCUCCUGUACUGCUACUGCCACUGUUUUAAAUAACAAUACAAAACCAUACAUUACUGCUCACCUUAAGACACCAUUAUGGGAGAAGAAACACAAUGCAUCACACAGCCUUGCCCUUUUUAGGAACAGAUUGUAGCAUAGUCACAAAUACCAAUGACAUCUCAAAGGUGGAAAUAAAGCAACCACACAGCUUCAAUAAAACCCAGAGCUGAGCCUGUUAAAUACUGGCCUUUUAUGU